AUGGAGAGUGCCACAGAGGCACUAGCAGUUCUGAUGGGUCCUUGGGGUGCUUGCUGCUACAGUGACGCGCCACCGGGCGUCAUUACCUCCACGCUCCACGAUAUCGCGGAUAUGCUAAAAAUCGCCGCCAACCAUCGGACGCGCAGGAGAAACCUGGUCAAAACCUCUCGCAUGAAGUUCCUCCCGCGGUCACAAGAAUCGGUGGAACGCCUCCAUGCGAGCAUCAUUGGGCGAAGCCUUGGCCGCUCCUUUGCCAAUGUGCUGCUACUGACCAGAGUUCUUAUGGCCUUCAAGGAGGCUCUUCAUCACAGCUGCAUCGAAGCUGUGCUUAGACAUCGCACUGGCCGCCUCCGCGCCGAAGUCGCGGCGCCCGAUGCGGCGGCCGCGGAACGCAGCUUCCGGGCCUGGCGAUCCGUUACGAUGCUGUGCCAAUCCUAUCGGGCCAUGGAGUCCGAGAUUGUGCGAGGAAGAGCGGCGCUGGUGAAUGUCUGGAGCAAGGGCCGAGAAGACCUCGGCCGUGCUGUGGAUCGCCUCAGCGCCCGGCUCCUUGUGGAGACUUUGGAGCUUUCUUUUCUCUCCUGGCGAGAUGCAGUGCGGCUCUCGAACUUGGAGAGCUACGCCAGCCACCUCUGCUCGCAGCGUCAGAGGACGCCUGCAGUGUUGCAGAAAGUGACCGUUUUGGCGGAUGAGGCGUUUCUCCUGUCUUGCCUGGUUUGCUGGGCCGGCGCCUGUGCGUUGCUUCGCCAAGGCCGACUCCACAAGGACGCGGAGAUGCGGCUGGCCGAGACUUUGUGCUCGGCCUCCUCCCUGAGCAGCCAACUCCAAAGAGAGGAGGCGAACAAGCUACGACUUCAGUCAGCUGCGCUCGGCUACAUGAGCCGUUCUGUCGAAGUUGAGCGGAGGUGGCUCCAAGAAACGGCUCUCAGAGCUUGGCACCAGUGCUCAAAGGGCGCUCGUGCCAGCCGCCGUGCUGCCAGCCGUGCUGCGGUCCGUGAAGAACGGAGGAGAUGUGGGGACGUUUGGCAGGCCUGGCGUUCUUGGGCGCAUUUCCGCCGGCGGCGGCGCUACAGCCAUGUACGAGGUCUGCGGGUCGUCUCCCGAACUGUGCAGUCAGAAAUCCUGACAUGCUGGCAUGGCUGGCAAGAAGUCCUGACCAAGAGAAAGGCGGAGGACAAGUCCGCACGGCUUCGCAGCCUUCGGUGGAAUACGUCGGAUCAGCGGCUGGCGCGGGCGAAGCGCCAGCUGCUGCGCGACUGCUUGACCGGUUGGGUCGAGGAAUGUCGCGAAGCCUCCAUGCGCAAAGCUCGCAAGAGGCAAGGAGAGGCUCAGUGCUUGGCCAUGGCCGCAUCCAACGGUAUUAUGGUCAUGCUGCAGUCAUUCGGAAGCUGGCGUCAGUUUGUAGAGGAAGGCAAGGCGACGCAGAAUCUGGCGCAGGCGCAAGCCAGCAAAAGCUCUGCCGUGGACCAGGCCCUACAACAGGCUAUGAUGGCGCUUGAGCGCUGCCAGGAACAGCCGGGGCCUUUCCACUGCCAGCUCUUGUCGGCUUGGCGAGGGCUCAUCCUCCAGCGGAAGUCCCGUGAGCGACAAAAGCAGCAGGCCAUGCAGAUGGCCUUCGCGCGGGAGAACAGCGCCGAGGACUCUCUGGUCGCAUGUUGCUUUUCUGGAUGGCGUCGUGCCCAAGAGGCAUGGUGCCGGCAACGUGCGCAGGAAGAGGCUGUCGCUGAUGCGCGUGCAACGACGCAUUUGAAGACCCUGGACGCGUUGAGGCGACGUGUGGAUGCCGAAGGGGAGACCCUGCUGCUAUUCCACUUCUUGGCGUGGCUUCGCAGUUUGCUUCACUGCAAAGUGGAGAAAGCCCGGAAGGAGAAGGCGAUGACUUCUGCUUUCGGCCAGCUCAUGCUCGACGACGAGAUGAUGAGGUCCCGCUGCUUUAGCGAGUGGCGACAGGCUGUCCAUGACAGCCAUCGAGAGGCCGUGAAAGCCGCCAUGGAACGCGAGGCCGAAGAUCGGAUGCGGGAAGCCCAAGAGCAGAAACUGCAAGUGAUGAGGCAAGCAUUCCGAAGUUCAGACGAGGCUUUGCUCGGAUCAGUUGUACUGGCAUGGCACCACACUUCGAGGACAGCCAAGCGUCGUAGCGCCGCACAUACUGCCGGCGAGGCUUUACACACGAGGCAGCAAGCCGAAAGAAGCAGUUUCUUCGUGGCGAGAGCCCUUGCGGCCUGGCACCUGGCCGCCAGCCGCGCCGUAGCAGCGCGGGGGGCGCGGGCCCGGCGCCGCUGUGCUGUUGGGGAGGUGCUGGACACAUGGCUUUGCCGCGCUCUCCAGCGUGGCGUGGACUCUGCGGAGCUCCGAAGCUUCCAGGUGUUGCUCCUGGACUGCUGGCAAGAGGCUGCUGCGGCCAUGCGCAGGGCCAAGAGCCGUCUCCCGGCGUCCCGAGCCCGAGCCGACCAGAUCAGCAAGGAGCUCGGCCUCGGCCUGGUUUGCCACGCGUGGGAGGCCUGGUGCCGUCUCGGCGCCGCCGCACCGAAGCGUCGGGGCCGGAAGUGGGCAGAAGAGAAAGCGAAGAGCUUAAGCGAAGAUCUUCGACGCUUGGCCUUGGAGGGAUGGCACAUCUUCGCUGUUUCUGCCCGUGGCGAGCGCCGCGUGGCUGCCGCCUGUGCGCGGGCGCGGGAGCUCCAGGUGGGAGCACGGCGGCAGAAGCUCGCACUUCUCGACUUCGCCUCCACCCAGUGCCAGCUCGCCGCCUUGUGCAUUCUCUUGCUCAGGUGGGCGCUCGUUGCCCGGAGCUACCGGCUCAGCUCUCGGCUGAAGGAGUGGGGACAUGUUGCAGCAUCUCGACAUGCGGCACGUCAAGAAGCGCAAUUGCUGCACAUCUGUCUUGCCGCCUUUGCAGCAGAGGUCUCCGAGGCUCGACGAGGGCGGAUCUACACGGACAUGACGUGCCAGAUCCAUGCAGCAGUGGCGAACUGCGACCAAACUUUCCAGAGACUGGUUCUGAAACGAUGCCAAGCCGGGCGAGUGGUCUCGCGACUUCACGGCGCUGCGCAGCUGCGCCAUCUGCGAAGCGCCUUCGCUGCAUGGUCCUGCGUGCCGUACCGGCGCCGGCGCCUUCGGGAGUCCAUGGCCAAGCUCUCCGCCCAUCUCGAAGCUGCUGCAGCAGCAGAGCUUAUGGCCGUGGCACUUGCGGGGUGGUCCUGGAAAGCUAAGGAGGAGAAGGCAUCCCGACGAGGCGUGCGAUCCUUGGCGCGAGGCGCCAAAGUCAUCCUCCGAUUGCGACGGCAGCUCCUCCUUCUCGAGGCCUUCCGGGGCUGGCAACAUGCACGCUGCUAUGAGGAGGUCUUCCAAAUGCUGACAGCCUCGCAGGCUGAUCUCGCAAACGCCGCAGAGGCCGUCGCUUUGGCCGAAGCAGCCGCGGCAGCAGCAGCGAGGAGCCAACAGGUAACCGUCCGCGUGCUUCCGACGCCAGCACGUCCGACCAGCCCCUUGAUGCAGGCUCCGAGUACGCUGAAGGUGGUCCCACUGGAGCAUCGCGUCCCGUCGUUCAAGUCGGGAAUUUUCUCUGCGCCUUUGGUCUCCCUGCAGAAGGACAUCGAGCGACACUAUGGGCAGCAGGACGGCCUGCGAGGAUCUCGCACGCCGUCACGCCCACAGUCUCGCCCGCAGUCGGCGAAUGCGCGACGUCCGUGCGAAUUCAGCGAGACGGGAGGUACGGGCCAAGCGAAAGAGUGCACCUUCGAGGCCCACUUCUCCGAAGAGGGCAUAGGAUUCGGCCAGUUCUUUCCUUCGACGAGAGAGGCCUGGCGUGCUUGA